AUAAAAAAAAUCAUAACAAAAAACGGGAUGUCGAACCACCAACGAUCAUGGCAAGACCUACCAAGGCAUAGCACUAAACCAAUGACACUGCCACUGCCACAGCCAAUUUCCCAGCAUAAAAGCUAUAGUGAUGGAAACCAAAGUUGCUCCUCGGGUAGUGCCGAUAGUGUAUAUAGUGAUGAUGAAUUUUCGGUUUGUGGCGCUGAAGACAACAUCAUUUGCGGAACAAAGAAUGAUGAAGAUACAACGUCUAUCAUGAAGCUGACGCGGGAUAUGCAAACCCUCCGAUUACGCAAACAUCAAAGAAGGCACGCUGUUGUAGAUCAGUUAAUGAGUAAAACCAGUCCCUCCCCCCAAAUAACACCAAGGAUGAAACAUAUGAAGUUUCUACGUAGUAUGCAGCAAACUAUCCAUCACCAACAAAAGUCGGAUAGCGAGCAAUUCAGGAAGAUCACUAUCAUUGAAGUCAAGUCCAGCGGUAGCAUAUGAACGUCAAAUGGUAUUACUUCUAAUUUACUUAAACCAUGUAUUUCUUGUAUGAUAAUCAUGAUUGGCAUCGAUAUAGAAUAGGUAUUCCAGCCCGGAAAAUCUAGCGGAGAAUUAAAUUAAUACAACAAAUAUAAUUAUCAAAUA